AUGGCUGAUGGGAUGGAUAUUCUUCAAACAUUUGUUAUUGACAACGGAACUGGAUUCAGCAAGGUUGGCUUUGCUGGGGAUGCUUCUCCGGGCGCUGUUUUUGAAAGUAUAGUUGGUCGUCCUCGCCAUACUGGCAUCAUGGUUGGAAUGGGACAAAAAGAUACUUAUGUUGGUGAUGAAGCUCUCUCUAGAAGAGGUAUUUUGACUGUGAGACAUCCCAUUGAACGUGGCGUAGUAAGAAACUGGGAUGAUAUGGAGGUACUCUGGCAUCACACAUUUUACAAUGAACUUCGUGUUGCUCCCGAGGAGCAUCCCGUUCUUCUGACUGAGGCACCACUUAACCCCAAGACAAAAAGAGAGAAAAUGACUCAAAUCAUGUUUGAGACAUUCAAUGUUCCAGCCAUGUAUGUCGCAAGUCAGGCUGUUCUUUCUCUUUUUGCUAAUGGUCGUACAACUGGAAUUAUCAUCAAAACAUCAAGAAGCAUAAGCAUUUAUCACCACUCUGUCCCUAUCUAUGAGGGACAUGUACUUUCUCAUGCUGUCUCGCGGUUAGCUCUUGGUGGCCGUGAUCUUACAUGGUAUCUCAUCAAGAUUCUCAUGGAGGGUCCUUACAUAUUUAGAAAUUGCACAAGUUGUACACCUAUUCAUAUGAAGGAGACGAUUGCUUAUGUUGCACUGGAUUUUGAACAAGAGAUUGACAAGGCAAAAAGUUGCUUAAAAUCAAUUGAGAAGGGCUAUGAGCUUCCUAAUGGAAAAGUCAUCAAUAUUGGUGCUGAAAUGUUCCGUUGCCCUGAAGCCCUCUUCAAGCCAUCAUUGGUUGGAAUAGAAGCGACGGGGAUUCAUGAAAAACCCUACAACUCAAUCAUGAGAUGCAAUGUUGAUAUUAGGAAAGAUUUAUUUGCAAACAUUGUACUUAGUGGUGGCUCAACUAUGUUUCCUGGCUUUGUAGAACGUAUGACCAAGGAAAUCACUGCUCUAGCUCUGAGCCACACGAAGAUCAAGGUGAUUGCACCACCUGAGAGGAAGUACAACACUUGGAUAGGAGGAUCAAUUCUAGCUUCCCUCAGUACUUUCCAAAAAAUGCAGAUGUCGAAGGCCGAGUGUUUUGAAUGCGGUCCUACGUUGGUUACUUCAGCUGCACAUGCAGCCAUGCUUCUGAACUCUGCUUCUGUUGAGCUUCUUGAGACUGUUCCUUGCUUCUUAGACUUCUAA